GGUGAUAGGCCUUUGCGAUGCUCGCGCUGCCUCAGGCGCUGCCCUCAGGCCGCAGCCCGCUGUUCGUCGUCGGCAUCAUCGGCUCGGACCCGUCGCAGGAUGAUGCCGCGCUAAACCUCGCGGCGCUCCUGUCGGAGGCGGACACCUUCCGCAGCGCCGCCGACGUGUCGGCCGUCGUGGCCCACCACGACGCCGAGCGCGGAGUGCUCUAUCUGGCCGUCGCCGCGAAUGCACCGCCUCCGCCGACCGGGCCCGACGUGAGCUCGAGCGCGGUGCAGGCGUGGCUGGCCGACCAGAGCUAUCGGCACGCGCGCGGGCUGCUGCUCCUCUCGCUGAGCUGCGACGUGGUGCUCGUCGCCUCGCACCGCUCCUCGCUCGACGUGCCGCUGCUCAAGACGCUGCGCGCAGUCUUCGGGCUCAAGGUCGAGCUGCAGCACGCACUCGGCGAAGCGCUCGCGAACGAGAGGAACGACCGAGAUGCGUCCAGGGCUGCCUCCGGUGCGGACGUGCCGGCGCCGGUGCUCGGCGCUGUCUUUGGCCCGAUGCCGCGCCUUCCCGGCCUCGCUGCGGCGCGGCCCGCCACCGACCCAGCCCUGCAGCCAGCCGGCGGCGGCGCGGCUGCUGCGCCCGCCAGCGGCGGCGGCGGCGGCGGCGGCGGCGCGAGGAAGGCGCGGCCGGCGCUGAACAGCGCGAGCAAGAGCGGGAAGCCGCCGCGGGCGGAGGGCGGCGGCGCGGCGCCAGCUUUGGGCGGGGAAGAGGACGGCGGCGUGGAGGAGGCUCGCUCGCAGCUGGCGGCGGCGCUCGACUCGCAGCUGCGCGCGCUGCUCGGCUCGUCCAAGCAGCUC